AUGAUCACUUCAAGAAAUCCCCCAAAGAAAGAUAUUGAUCAAGAUGAGGGAGAAUUAGACAGCGAAGACGAUACGAAGUUGAGCAGUAGUGAGGGUUACACUUCUGAUGGUGGAAGUGAUUCGGGUUCUAAUAUUCGGAGUGAUAAUACUUCUGUUGAUGAAACUCCUUGGGAAAGAGGUCUUCGUCUUGCUCGAGAGCAUGCGCGUAAAUCAAAAUUGUUGCGCGAAUCGGAGCCUGACUUGGAGGACAAAAAGUUUAAUUUGGCAGUUGUUGCUCCCGAUUUGGCUGAAGAUGGCGCUCUUGCAGACAUUUGUGACAUGGGUCGGUCUAAUCCCUCCGACACAUUCUGGAUAAACUACCACAAGUUAUCCAUAAUCGGCGCCACCCAAAUCACUUGUAAACGCGCACUACCCUGUGAUCUCGAUCCUCCUUCCCAGAAAACCAUUGUUCGGUGGCGCAGAAGUGUCAAGAAGUGUCGUCAUCGAUCGAGCUCGGCUAGUUCUCCUUCUUCAACUCCCUCCUCGCCAAAAUCUCUUCCCUCUUCAAGCGUGUCCUCAAAUUUCGCCUCUCGAUCCUCUUCUCUCUCCUCUCUGGCUGGUUCAAUUUAUCAGGCGGUUCCACAUUUACUUUUAGCUGGUGAUUCUGGUGCCGAAAAUAGUAGGCGACGUCGUAGAAAACGUAGUGGAAGUUCUACCAGUACUAGAAGCAGUUCACGCACCAAAUCGCGUAGCUCUUCACCAAAACCUGUUGUCACUCAGAAGGCUUCUAAGGGGGCCCGUGGAUCCUAUUCAGCUUCGUCUCGCUCGAGAUCGUCCUCGCAGAGCCCAAGAAACCGUAGUGGUGUUGAAAAGAGACCUUCAUUCACUCGGAGCAGACGUGGCAGUGGAAUUGGUUCAUUUGGCAAUCAACAGCAGCGUCAGCCACCGAUAAGUGGAUAUCAUCAUCAGCAGACGAGUUUCAGCCGUGGAGCAUCGUUUAGAGAUGGUGAUGAUGGUCAGAUCUAUGGGGAGCGGAGAGGCUAUGGUGAUUUGGGUCGGUGGCGAGAACCAUCAGACAGAAGCCCUGAGCGCCCACCCAUGCCGUCUGAGCACCCUGUCAAGCGUUCAUGGCCUGCCGAUCCGCCGAGACAAAGAGGACCUGAUCGCCAGCGAUCGCCUCUUCUUAAACGGGCUCCGCCACAGCAUCAGGUAUCACGCCGUUCUCGAUCGGGGUCAAAGGAAGAACCCGAGGACCGAUCUACCUACGCUAACACCUCUUGGUCACAAACGAGAGGUCGUAAACCAGCCCCUAAAGCCCCACCCCUGGUUUCUACUCAAGUGGAUAGAAGUUCUGUUCGUAGUAGCUUGGAUUCGCCACCUAGAAAACGCCAACUCAGUGUACCUUCUCAUAGUUCUCUUGCUCACCUUACUUGCGACUUCUUGAUCUAUUUAGUUGAUUUGUUUCUUCUGUCAGCAGAGUUCGUGUUGAAUGCAGUUACUGCUCCAGGACCUUCAUCCCGUCGCAAGAGUCGUAGCCCCUUCGCUGAUUCCUACUUUGGCAAUCCACCACCUCCUUCUGCUCAACCAGCAGCAGUUGGCGACGGCGACCUGGCCUCCUCAAUUCCCUUUGAGCAGACCGUCCCCUUGUUGGCCGGUGCCGUCAACCCAGCAGCACCGACCAAUCCCUCUCGUCCAGGAGUGAAACUCACAAUCGCUCCAAGAAUCAGAGUUGGAGGGAAUGCUCUGAUGGAACGACCUGCUCCCACUGUACCAUCCAAUAGUUACCCUCGUAUGACCGAAGGAUCACCUGUUUCGUCAACGAGUAGUUCACCCCAAAUGGCCGAUAGGCGUCGUGACAACUCAAUGAGACGUCAAGGUGGUAGUGGGUACAUUGCUGUAUCGCCGGGUGGUUUUGAUUCGCCACCCCCACCGAAAUUGCAACAACAACAGCGUCCCGUUUCGAGGGCCAGAGGAUUUGAUCAAAGUGAAGAUCAAUCGAGAAUGAGGGGAAGAGGCAGUGCCGGACAUGGUGAAUAUGGACGUGAUCGCGAUGAUCGGCACGGUAGAGCAGAUUUCAAGAAUGAUCGAUUUUCGCGAGGCGGAGGUCAAUCAGACAGAUAUCGUGAUCGCCGCCCACCGCCCCCAUCCUCUAAUGACCGAUUCGAUCGUCGUGGUGGUGGUGCAAUGAAUGAUCGCAAUCCUACGAAAACAUUCUAUGACCGUGGUCGGGACUAUGGAGGUGACUCCCACUAUGGGAGGUCUCGCGGAGGUAGGGUGGAUUGUGAUCGUGGAUACGAUCGCGGUCGCAAUGGCAUCGACCGACGACGUCAGGACAUUGAUCGCCGUGGAGGAGACCGGGACAGGUCAAGAUCACCUUUCGAAGAUCGUCGAAGACGAGAUCGUGACGCCUCCACUUCUCUUAGCAACAAGGAGGCUCGACUGGAUGAACUGAGGAAACGACUUGCCGUGCUUGAUGAUAAAAUCACUGAAUUAGGUGGUGGAAAUAGGUAA